GCCUUCCGGCGACCCGGCGACGGACCACGCUCGCGAUCCUCGGUUCCUCCGCCGCCGUAGAGCGACCUCGGAAACGCGGCGUGCGCCGUCGUACUGCUGACGACGCGCGUUUUUCCCGGCCGUGAGCUCCCCGGAUCGCGUCCUCCGGCUGACCUGAGCAUGGAAGUGGUGGCGUCGGCGCCGGGGAAGGUGCUCGUCGCGGGAGGCUACCUGGUGCUGGAGCGCCCCAACGCCGGCCUCGUCCUCAGCACCAGCGCGCGCUUCUACGCCAUCGUCCGCCCGCUCCGCGACGAACUCAGCCAUGACUCCUGGGCAUGGGCGUGGACCGAUGUGAAAGUGACCUCUCCUCAGCUCUCCCGGGAGGCCACCUACAAGCUCUCCCUGAAUAAAUCGACGCUUCAAUUGACGUCUGCAGGGGAAUCUGCAAAUCCUUUUGUGGAACAGGCAGUGCAAUUCUCGGUAGGAGCUGCUAAAGUGACGGUCACCGACAAAGAGGGGAAGGAGGCACUGGACAAGUUGCUUUUGCAAGGUCUGCACAUUACAAUUUUGGGUUGCAAUGAUUUCUAUUCUUAUAGACAACAGAUUGAAGCACGUGGUCUACCUCUAACUCCAGAGGUAUUGCUUUCGCUGCCUCCAUUCUGUUCAAUUACAUUUAAUUCAGAAGUUGCUAAUGGAACAAUGACUGGAGAAAGAUGCAAACCUGAAGUUGCCAAAACCGGACUUGGGUCAUCAGCUGCCAUGACCACAUCAGUAGUUGCAGCUCUUCUUCACUAUCUUGGAGCUGUUAACCUUUCAUGUUUGGGCCAAUCCUCCAGUGACAAUACAGCUGCACGAGAUCUUGACUUGCUGCAUUCUAUUGCACAAAGUGCGCAUUGUAUAGCACAAGGAAAAAUUGGCAGUGGUUUUGAUGUUAGUGCUGCUGUCUAUGGAAGUCAACGUUACACAAGGUUUUCUCCAGAAAUAUUAUCCUCAGCUCAGGUUACAGGCGGGCACAGCAUGCCAGAUGUGGUAGCAGAUAUUGUUACACGGAGUUGGGAUCAUGAGAAGGCUAAGUUUUCCUUGCCUCCUCUAAUGUCUCUUCUUCUAGGGGAACCGGGAACUGGGGGAUCAUCUACUCCAUCAAUGGUUGGAACUGUGAAACGGUGGCAAAAAUUUGACCCUCAGAAAUCCAAGGAUACAUGGAAUAAGUUGGGGAUUGCUAAUUCAAUGCUUGAGAAACAACUGAGGAACCUAAGCAAACUUGCUGAAGAUCACUGGGAGCCAUACGAAUCUGUAUUACGAUCAUGUAGUUGCCUCGCAUGCAGUAAGUGGACAGAGGUGGCUACUGAUCAACAUCAAGAGCUAAUUGUUAGAUCAUUAUUGGCAGCAAGAGAUGCUUUCCUUGAAAUAAGGCUUCACAUGCGAGAGAUGGGCAUAGCAGCUGGUGUUCCAAUUGAGCCAGAAUCACAAACUCAACUUCUGGAUGCCACUAUGAAUAUGGAAGGUGUUCUACUAGCUGGAGUUCCUGGAGCUGGUGGCUUUGACGCAGUUUUCUCAGUGAUUUUGGGUGAUGCAAGUGAUGCUGUAGCCAAAGCUUGGAGCUCAACUGGUGUACUCCCUCUUCUUGUUCGAGAAGAUCCCCAUGGUGUUUCAUUGGAAGCUGGUGACCCAAGAACAAGGGAGGUGUCAACCGCUGUAUCAUCUAUACAAAUUAACUGAUACUGUUGCUGAAUUCUGUUUUAUUAAUUCAAUGUGUUCAUUUGGUGCUCUUUCAUGUACCACUAGCCAAACACGAUAUGUUGAAGAGGCUAUACACUACAUGUCUAAAAUAAGUGCUAUGCACGGAGCAAGAUAGCAUGUUGUGGUAGAUGGAUUAUGGUUUAGUCAUUUAAAUGGUAAAAUGCCUGUAGCCAUGAAAAUGUAGGUGAUAUAAUGUCUAGUUAACCUUCCAAUAAAAUCAAGACACAAGAGCUUGAGCGCUCUAUUCA